AUGACAGGUAAUCUGGCAACAAAUUGGAAAAGGUUUUAUCAUGCGUGGAACAACUACGAAAUAGCAGCACGUCUGCGAGAUCCGAAUAACCCUAGUACAAAUAAAGAACUAAGAACAGCAACUCUGUUGACAUGCAUUGGAGCUGAUGCUCUUGAUGUGUUUGACGGACUGGACUUCGCGAAUGAAGACGAGAGAAAGGACAUCGAUGUUGUCGUAAGCAAGUUGGAAAAGUAUGGUAUUGGAGAGACAAAUGAGACGUACGGAUGGUAUUGUUUUAAUAAAAGAGAUCAAGAGUCACACGAAACGGUUGAUGCUUACUUUGCAGCCCUUCGUACUUUAGCCAAGACGUGCAACUUUGGUAAUUUGGAAGACAACUUGAUAAGAGAUCGUAUUGUCAUUGGUAUUAAGGACAACGCCACACAAAAUAAAUUAUUGCAAGUCUCAAAGCUUACUCUGCAACAAAGUAUAGAUAUAGUUCUGUCUUGUGAAAAGACUGCGAAGCAACUCGAAUUGAUGAAAGCUGAAGGUGAGCAAGUGUUGGCUGUUGGAAAAGAACAGUACAAAGAGCAAAGGAAGCGAGUUGAGAAAAGAGAUUAAGAAGUUGUGGAGCAAAAUUGUGACUUCCAAUUUAUGUUGCUGUGGUUUAUCAUCCUCCUAACUUUGAUUAUUUGGCAUCAGACUUAGUGGAUGGCUUAAUUGACGGCUGCGAAUAUAUCUUGUCCACUAACCCAAAUGCAAAGAUUAUCAUAGUGGGAGAUAUAAACCAACUUGACAUAAAUGAUUUAAUGAGACAGCAAUCGUUAACCCAAGUGGUAAAAAAGCCUACUAGAGGUGAAAACAUUUUGGAUGUAUUCCUGAUGAACUCACCCUUAUUAUUUAAGGAACCAAUUCUAAUAACAAGUCUUGUAAGAUCCGAUCACAAAGCUGUACUAAUUUUCCCCAGAUCUGUUGUGAAACCUAUUAGGAACACUGUGUAUAUUAGAGAUACCAGAGAGCAACACAAAGUGAAGAUGGAACUUAAAUUGAAACAUAACGAUUGGAAUAUUAACAUUGAAAAUUGUCAAGAUGUAUCUAGUAUAGUUCAUGAUUUGAAUGAUAACCUUUGGUCAAUGUUUGAUGAAAGUUUCCCUUGCAUAAAAGUAAGAGUCUCUUCAUCAAUCUCCAUCUUCUUAAAAUUAGAAACAAGAGUAUCAGGAAUGGCUCAGCAGAUUAUAUACUUCAAAAACGCAUAAAUGAACUUAUCCGUACUAACCAACGUAAUGCUGUUAAUAAUGAAAACCAGAAACAAAGCAUGGGAACUAGAGCAUGGUGGAAUACUGUCAAUCAGAUUACAGGCAAGAGCUAUCAUACCUCAGUUGGUUCUAUAAUUGAUCCUGAUACAUUAAAUCUAUAUUUCCAAGACACAAAUUUAGACCAGCAAUAUUCAAUGCCAGAGUUGAUGUCCAUCCCUGAGGACACAGUAGUUCCAACUAUAGAUGAAGAAACUGUUUUACAAUUUUUAUUAAAGCAAAAACGCACUGCCUCUGGGCCUGAUAAAUUUCCUCAUUGGUUCUGGCGAGACUUUGCCUGUUACCUUGCACCUGUUAUAACCAAAGUGUUUAACUGUUCAUUGAAGAAUCAAGUGGUACCCAUCUCAUGGAAAUUAGCUGAUUUAACGCCUAUUCCAAAACAGUCACCGGUUACAACUUGUAACCAACUACGACCUAUUUCGAUUACUGAUAUCAUCAUGCGACUUUUUGAAAAGAUUGUCUAUAAGAGCGAAUUAGCAAGCACGUUUGAAUCUAUAAUCGGUUCCAACCAGUUUGCGUAUAAGAAAAAUCAUAAUUCUUCCAUGGCUCUUGUUAAAUGCUAUCAUAAAUGGACACAAUGGCUUGAUAAAGAUGCAGACUUUGUCCGCGUUUUCUCAUUUGAUUUUAGCAAGACAUUUGACUCAGUAUCUCAUAAUAUUCUAUGUAAUAAGUUGAAAUCACUUAAUAUUAAUCUGUACAUUGUCAACUGGACUAUAAAUUUUCUAAGCGGCAGACAACAAAGAGUGAUUGUGGAUGGUGUUACUACACAAUUUUUGCCAAUUAACCAAGGCGUGCCACAGGGAACAGUUUUGGGACCUAUCCUGUUUUCCCUUAUGAUCAAUGACUUAAAAGCAGUUGAUCCAGAAAGAAAUAUUUUAAUAAAAUUUGCUGACGACAUGAAUCUCGGUGUUCCAGUUAGAGGUGAUCAAGAUCCCAGUACUGAAGAAGUGGACAACAUUAUAAAUUGGUAAACAGAAAAGCGGAUGAAAUUAAACUUUUCAAAAACCUGGGAAAUGGUUGUAAGAGGCAAGACACCUUACCUUGUGCUUUCGAUGAUUGCAUAUCAGGAAUUGAACGUAAAGAUUCGCUUAAAUUGUUGGGGGUUAUCUUUAACGAAAAUCCCUGUAAUUGGGAUCUUCAAAUUGACAACAUUUUACGUAAGGCCAAUAGUAGACUGUAUAUUCUUAGAAUUUGUCGAUAUUACGGAUACCCUAAGGAUCAGCUUUGCAUGAUAUUUCAUAGUUUGAUGUCAUUGUUCCUAUAUGGAAUUGAAAUUUGGGGAAGUGCUUUCCAGGAUAAAUACCUAAGUCGUAUAGAUCGCUUUUGUAAAAGAGCUUUCAAGUUUGGUUACACUACAAAAAAGAUUAAUAUGUCAGAAAUAGUUGCAGAUAGAGAUCACAAGCUGUGGAACUGUAUAAUAAACAAUCCGGAACAUUCCUUGUAUGAAUUACUGCCUUCGAAGUGGAAAAGAGUGUUACAUAAACGGGGACAUGAUUUCAUUCUGCCUAAGGUCCGAACAGAACGAUUUAAGAAAACAUUCAUAAAUAGAUGUCUUUUUAACUUUGUAUAGAACUGCAUACACUUUUCAUCUUUUAAUAUUUUUAAUACUAUCUAGUCCAUUGUUGUACAAAAUUAUCUAUGUAAGCUCGCACGGUUGUUGCGCAGUAUUUUCUAAUAAAGACUUAAUCAAUCAAUCAAUCAAUAAUCAAGUGUAAAUUUUGCAACAAAUCUCAUCCCAGAGAUAAGUUCAAAUGCCCAGCCUGGGGCAAAUCAUGUUCAUUGUGUAAAAGAAAGAAUAAUUUUGCAGCCGUAUGUAAUGCUCAACGAAGACCAUUUAGAACGAAAGUCGGUAUCGGGCGUCAACGAUGAUACAGACUCAUCGGAGGGAGAAUAUAUAGCUCUGGUGGAGACCAAAGAAGAGGUAGACACCUACAAACCAAGUGCCCCCUUGAUGAUUAACAAAAACCUAGAAAGUUUUCAACUUGACAGUGGAGCCACAGUAAAUGUAUUAUCUAAAAGGACACUGGCAGGUUGUUUUUGAAAGCCUAUUGAGAAGAAGCUGGUGAAAACAAACACAACCCUUGUAAUGUACAAUGGGUCCGAAGUGAAGCCUAUUGGAAAGACAAGGAUUCAAGUUAUUAAUCCUAAGAAUAACAAGAAAUACAGUGUAGAGUUUAUGGUUGUGGAAGAGAAUUGCAAGUCCAUACUCGAGGCUAAAGCUAGUCAACUCAUGAACUUACUUGCAGUUAACAAAGAGAACAUUUUUACUACUGAGUCAAAUGUCAAAGAUGUACCCAAGUUUAUCACCAAACGGCAUCUCAUUGAGGAGUAUCCAGCAGUGUUCCAGGGUCAAGGAACUUUUCCGGGCACAUUGCAUCUGGAGAUUGAUGAAUCCAUCUCCCCAGUCCAGCUCCCAACACAAAGGAUUCCACAGGCUGUGAAAGAUAAAGUCAAAGCAGAGCUCAACCGACUAGUUGAUGUGAACGUCAUAGCUCCUGUAGAUACACCGACGACCUGGAUAUCGGCUAUUGUGGUUACAGUCAAGAAGAAUGGUGACAUCUGAUUGUGUAUUGACCCAAAGCCAUUAAAUAAGGCUCUCAAGCGUAACCAUUACCCUUCACCCACCAUUGACGAUAUCCUAAUGGAUUUGGCCCAGGCUUGCUGUUUCUCAGUCCUUGAUGCCAAGAACGGGUUUUGGCAUGUCCCGUCUUGAUGAGCCCAGUUCCUAUGCAACAACUUUUGGCACUCUGUGGGGUCGGUACCAGUGGCCUCUGGCACUCUGUGGGGUCGGUACCGCAUGCCCUUUGGCAUAUCAUCCACCCGAAGAGUUUCAAUGUUGUGUGAAUGACAUCUUGUUGGGUCUCCCUGGAAUCAAAGUCAUUGCAGAUGACAUUCUUGUUUAUGACAGUGGUGCAACCGAUAAAGAAGCUUAUCUAGACCAUGACAAGAACUUCAACUCAAAGAGGUAAGCUACAUGGGCCAUCGUAUUACAUCGAAUGGACUAAAGAUUGACCCAGAGAAAACAAAGGCCAUCCGAGACAUGCCAGUCCCCACAGAUAAGCUGGGAGUGCAGCGAUUGCUUGGCAUGGUGAACUACGUCCAGAAGUUUGCUCCUAAGCUAGCUGAAAUUACUACACCUCUAUGUGAUCUGAUCAAGAAAGGAAAUUAAUUCAUAUGGGAGGGACAUGUACAUGGGAAAGCGUUGGAUGAAAUCCGGCAGAUCCUCUCAGAACCACCAGUACUGUGGUUCUUUGAUCCCAAUGUAAUGCCAGUCCUGCAGUGUGAUGCGUCCAUGAAUGGUCUUGGAGCAUGCCUUUUACAAAACAAUCAACCAGUGGCAUAUGCAUCAAGGUCUCUAACACCAACUGAAGUGCAGUACGCUCAGAUCAAGAAAGAGAUGAUGGCCAUCGUGUUUGGGAUGGAAAGAUUCGAAAGUUAUCUGUAUGGUCGAAACGUAAAAGUGGAAUCAGAUCACAAACCACUAGAGUCUAUUUUGAAGAAAAGCCUACUAAGUGCACCAAAACGUUUACAAAAAAUGAUGCUACGACUCCAGAAGUUUGAGCUCGAAGUUGUGUACAAGAAGGGGCCACUUAUGUUUAUGGCAGAUACACUAAGUCGAGCAACUCCCCACCAGCCUAAUGCCAAAGGACCAGGAGAGACAGAAGAAGUAAUGAUUAUGCAUGACACAAGAUCAGCAACAGAAAGAGAAGUAGAGCAAAUUGAUAUGUUGCAGAACCUAGCGGUAAGAGAAACUACUUUAGUCCAAAUUAAAGAGCACACAGAGGCAGACAGCCACCUGCAGGCGUUGGUUUGAAUUGUGAAAGAAGGGUGGCCAAGUACACUAGCUGAAGUUUCUCCAGAAUUACGAGUUUAUCACCCGUUUCACGAUGAGUUGACAGUACAGAAUGGAGUUAUUUUUAAAGGAGAGCGGUUGAUUGUGCCAGAAGGAUUGAGAACAGAAAUGAAAGAAAAAUUUCACUACAACCAUGGCGGGGUACAGGCUACACUUUAUAAUUAUUAUAAUUAAAACUUUAUUUACACACGGUAUUCUCAUCAGGAUUUAACAUGCAACAAACUAAAUUAGAUAAAUUACAAAAGUAGAACCACGCUAAAUAGAAAAUAUAAUACCUGCUUUUCAUGAGCGUCGUGUACUAAGCUAAUAUAACAAUAUAUACAAAGAAAGUUAAAAUAAUUUGGGCACAGCCCGAUCAGAAAUUUAUCAAGUUAGUUGCUUGCCGUAGCCCAAUCGGAAGACUGUUCCACAGCACCGCACCACUAUAGCUAAAGCUAUUCUUCAGAUAGAUUGUGCGAGGCUUGGGAACAGCUAGUUUGUUCUCAGUGUUUCUCAGCAAAUAAGGAUUAACACUGUCACGGUUUACAAACAUGGAAUGCAUGUAAUUAAUGAUUUAUAGACCAUGACAGCUUUUUUAAAUUGGUGCUGGGAUGAUAAUUUUUUCCAGCCAAGUUUCUCAAUUAAAACAUCAGCAUUAGUGUCAUAACUGGAGAAUGUUAGUACUCUCGCUGCACGAUUUUGCAGUUUUUGAAGUUUUUCAGCUAGGUUUUUGUUGCAAUUGUCCCAAACUGUGCAACAGUAAUUGAAAUAUGACUGAACCAAGGAAUUAAAAAUGAAUUGCAAUGUUGUGACUGGGACAAAUGAUCGAACACGUUUUAAAGCGCCAAUACCAGAAGCAAUCUUUUUUGUUAAUUCAUUAAUUUGUAUAUUCCAAGAUAUCAAGGUACACUCCGAGAGACUUUGCUUGUAAAACCUUGUCAAUAGGAAUCCCGUCUAUUUCUAAACAUGGAACUGAUCGAAAUGUGGCUAUUCUUUGUCGUGAGCCAAUUAGCAUAAAUUCAGUUUUGGAUUGAUUUAAAGUAAGCCUAUUGGCGAUAAGCCAUUUGUUCACAUUUGCAAGGUCAUGAUUAAGGUGAUAAUUUAUGUCGUCAAUAUUGUUACUUGCAAAUGUUAAAUUAGUAUCAUCCGCGUACAUUCGUGCCUGGGAGUGCUCAAGGCAAUUUGGUAAGUCAUUUAUAUACAGUAAAAAUAACAAUGGUCCUAAAAUAGUCCCCUGUGGAAUACCACAGAGUAACGUACGAUUGUUAGAAAGGUGACCAUUAACAUAGCAUUUUUGACUGCCGUCACUUAGAUAAGACUUAAACCAAUUACCCACAGCACCCCCAAGACCAUACACAUUCAGUAAAAUUCCAUGCUUCACUGUGUCAAACGCUUUCUUAAGAUCUAGGAAAACUACAGCAUUAACUCGGCCUUGGUCAAUGUUGUAUGCCCAGUUAUUGGUGGACUCAAGAAGCACGGUGACAGUUGAAUGUAGACAUCGAAACCCUGACUAGCUGUUACAUAGUAAAUUGUUGUCAAUAAGAAAGGCAUAGAUUUGAUCAUAAAUAAUUUGCUCAAAAACCUUCGCUACAACAGGGAUUAUCGAAAUUGGGCGAUAAUUAUUCAAGUCCCUACGCUCACCAUGUUUAAAUAAUGGAAUGACUUUUGAGCAUUUCCAUUCAUCAGGAAAGAUACCGGUAUUAAUAGAGCAGUUGAAAAUUACGGUAAGAACUGUAGUGACUGACAAUGACCGCUGACCACAUGGACUGUGUUAUGGGAAAAAGGACAUGUGUGAGGAAAAUGAUCGAACAGACUAGAAAGUUAUUGUAAAGUUUAUAUUCACGUUAUGUUUCAUUAUGUUCUAUGCAUGAAAUAGAAGACACAACAACGGCGUAGUCGGCAGAGCCCGCCUCCGUAAUCAUUCUUCAAGCAAUUUGAUAUCCUCAACUGACAUUCUCGAACAGAAACAAACUAUUUUUGUCGCAUCAAAGUCAAGAUAAUUUCGCAAUGGAUUUCGCUACCCCAGCAAAGUUCGACGUGUACGACGAGCCAAACAACGUGGCUCAUCGCUGGGAAAGGUACGUGAAAUCAGUCAAAAUCUAUCUCGCUGCAAAAGGGAUAAACGCUGCUCCACGACAAAGAGCAAUCUUACUUCACUGUGCAGGCAGCGACGUUCAAGACAUUGCUGAGAAUAACAUUACGGACACGGGAACAGACUUUGCAACUUUAACAAGGAAACUCACCGAAUAUUUCGCAGCCCAAAACAAUGUCGUCUUCGAAGGAUACCAAUUUCGCCAAUGUACACAACUAGAGGGCGAAAAAGUCGAUUCUUGGCACACCAGACUUCGCAUUAAAGCCCGAAUGUGUGAAUAUGACAACCAAACUGAUAGUAAAAUCCAAGAUCAAAUUGUCGCUUGUUGUUCUUCCACUAAACUCAGGCGUAAACUGUUGGAAACUCCAAACAUAUCCUUGCAAGUGGCACUAAAGACCGCCCCAUUCACUCGAAGCCACUGAAAUGCACGCUAAAGCCAUCGAAAAAAGCGAGAUAAGCGAAAAUAACAACCCAGAAAGCAGCUCCGAUGAACUCUCGAGUCUUCGUCAACACCGGAAGCCGAGCGACAAACGCAAAAAGGAACCGGACUGGGUCGAGCGCGCCCGGAAACAGGAACAACAACAAACUCGGAAAUCACCGUCACAUGAGACAUGCUACCGUUGUGGCGAACUAGGACAUCACAUAUGUGAUAAAGCCCGAGGCAAGACAUGUAGUCGUUGCGGAAAGAGAAAUCACUUCGCAAAGGCAUGCCGAAGCACCCGGGGGACCCCCACCCCGAUAUCAACCAAAACAAUGCUAGAAUGUCUCUCCUACUCAAUGGUUUCCCCGCACAUUGCUCAUUGACUCGGGAGCCAGCGUCAACGUGCUCCCCUUACAUGUAUACCAGAAAGUCAAAGAACUGGGUUCCAAGCCGGAGCCUACAUCCACAUGUAUCUACCCAUACGGCAGCAGCCAACCUCUCAAGAUUUUGGGUGUGUGUCACAUCACUGUGGAUGCAUUUGGCAAAAAGUCCUCAGUAGAAUUUGUCAUUGUCAACCAUAAGGGCACCACCAUCCUGGGCAGAGACACGUCCAUGGAAAUGGGCAUUCUUCAUGUGGGACCACCCAAUCACCAGAUGCACGGUCUGCACAGCCUAGCGUCUGAGCAGGAGAACACUGCAACCAAAAUCCACACAGAUGCAGCAGCGUCCAAAGUCACACCAGAUCCUCGUCACAGUCCCUCUCCCACAACUGAACAACAAAAUCCUAUCCCUGAACCAGAAUCAUUGCCCACGUUGUAUCGCAAGGUCUUCGAGGGACUUGGCCGUGCCAAAGGGGUUGAAGUCGAAAUACGUAUGAAAAAAGAUACCACCCCUGUUGUGCACCCCCUUUCACGCGUGUCAGUUCACUUACGAGAGGCGCUGAAUAAAGAGCUUGACAUCCAAGAGUCACUUGGCAUCAUUGAGCAGUAGAAGGCCCAACACCUUGGGUGUCACGUAUCGUGGUCAUCCAGAAGUCUACGCCAGGCGAGGUUCGGAUCACACAGGACUGGCGCGACGUCAACGCACACGUCGAGUGAGAGAUCCAGCCCAUACCCACAUUUGAAGAAGCCACAGAUGAAAUGGGUGGUUCUACCAUCUGGUCAAAGCUGGACAUGUUCAAGAGUUUCCACCAAAUUGCAUUGCAUCCAAACUCCAGAAAGUACGCUACCUUUUCCACACCAAGGGGUCUCCGCAGAUGUACCACUCUGGUAAUGGGAUUCACCAACAUUUCAGAAAUCCUUCAACGAGUAAUGAGCAUGGUAUUGUCAGGUAUGCCCGGUGUAGGAUGGAUUCACGAUGACAUAACCAUCUAUGGUCGCACGGUACGAGAGCACAACGAGCGUCUUGCCGCAUGCCUUCACCGACUGCAGCAAUAUAACAUCACCCUCAACAAGUCAAAGUGCAUUUUUGGGGUCGACAAAGUCACUUUCAUGGCCAUGCAGCUAUCCUCCAAGGGGCAUCCAACCUUCUCAACAGAAAGUUGACGCAGUUAAGUACUUUAAAACCCCCAGCAACGUAUCCGAAGUGAAGAGCUUUCUCGGUCUCAUCAACUUUCUCGCUCGAUUGACGCCCAACCUUGCCACGGAAGCGGAACCCCUCUGACGCCUCACACGCUCAGGUAAUAAGUGGAUCUGGGGACCAGAUCAGCAGAAAUCCUUCCAAGGCCUGAAGAACAGCAUCUCGCAGGCCUCAUGCCUUGUCUUCUUCGACAAAGAUCGUAAAACUGAGUUUCGAGUAGACGCCUCGCCUGUGGGACUGGGAGCCAUUCUGUGUCAAAUCCAGGGAGAUGGAACUUUGCGACCAGUUGCCUAUGCUAGCCGGUCGCUAAGCGAUGUCGAGCGACGCUACAGCCAGAUCGAAAGGGAAACACUCACCGUCAAAUUUGGCUGUUUGCGGUUCGACCACUAUCUCAGCGGUGACCCAGAUUUCACCAUCAUAACCGACCACAAGCCACUGCUUGGUCUCUACAAGCCCGGGUCCCGACCUUCUCCACGCAUCGAGCAUUGGGCGCUGCGCAUUCAACAUCUCAAUUUACGAAUUCGUUACGAACCGGGUCCAAAGAACGCAGCCGAUGUAUUUUCACGACAGCCGACUCCACCCUGAGCUAACGUCAAUCCCAGCGAACACGCAGAUACCAGAAUGAUUAAUGCCAUCACCACAGCGUCACUGCCACGAGCCUGCACCAUUGAACAAGUAAAAGAAGCCACAGCGAAGGACGCGAAGCUUCAAACAGUCCUCAAGUCUCUCCAGUCAGGCACAAAGACCUUGGUCUCUUUUUUAGCCAUCGAAACGAAUUUUCCUUCUCUGAUGGGGUCUUGCUCAGAAAUAACCACAUAGUUAUCCCUCUGUCCCUACAACAAAGAGUUCUCGAGCUUGCUCACCAGGGGCACCAAGGCGUAGCCAAGACAAAAGCCCAUUUGCAUACUAAGGUAUGGUGGCCGGGAAUGUCAACGGAGGCAGAAACAUUCGUGAAAUGGUGCCAGCCUUGUCUUGUAGCGACUGAGCCAACAAAACCUAGUUUCACCCCACUGAAACCCACCACCCUCCCAAAAGCAGUCUGGCUAUUGAUAGGGAUGGAUUUCGUAGGCCCAUUUCCCACCGGAGAAAACCUGUUGGUGCUAGUCGACUAUUAUAGUCGAUAUUCUGAAGUAGAAAUCAUGAAGCAUAUCAUGACUGCCGCCCUGGAACCGCGCCUUCAUCGAAUUUUUGCAUUCUACGGAGUACCUCAGGAAAUUGUCAUGGACAAUGCCAAAAGUUUCCGGUCAUCCAGGUUCUCUAACCUUAUGAGAGAAUUUGGUAUCAAGCACAAAAAAAUAACUCCCCGGUAUCCAUGUGUGAAUGGCGAAGCAGAACGGCUCAACUGCAGUAUCAACAAAGUGGUCAAAACCACAAUAGCUGAGUCACAGGACUGGCGUAAGGCCAUCAACGCUUGGCUGUUGGCUUAUCGUACCACGCCCCAUACAGUCACCGGUCAGCCACCAGCAGCAAUGCUGUUCGGACGAAACGUCAACGACAAGCUUCCAUCACUACAGCUGUCAGCGCCCAUAAACAUCAACCGUAGGUCAUAUCGACAGCACGACGCCAACAACAAGCAAAAGGGGAAGUGCUACCAUGACAUUAAGAAGAAAAUGCAGCCCAGCUCAAUUAAAGUCGGCAAUCAGGUCCUUAUCCGUUCGGAAAAGAAAGGCAAAGUGGCGUGCCAAUACGUUUCGUGUCACCGCCGUCAAGGGCGACUCCAUCCUAAUCAACGAUGGAAAUCACCGCCUCAUGCGCCACUCUACGGCUGUUAAGAAAGUGCCAAUAACCGUUACAACUGCCCCAGAUGUUGCAACAACACCUCCAGAAACAUUUGUUACUCAACGACCUUGUCGCUCUAUAAAACGGCAACCAGACUAUUACGGUUAUAGUUCUACCGCAUGAUAGGUUUCUAAUCCAUGAAGGGGAGAACUGUAGUGACUGACAAUGACUGCUGACCACAUGGACUGUGUUUUGGGAAAAAGGACAUGUGUGAGGAAAACGAUCGAACAGACUAGAAAGUUAUUGUAAAGUUUAUAUUCACGUUAUGUUUCAUUAUUAUGUUCUAUGCAUGAAAUAAAAGACACAACAAGAACCAUUUAGUUUAAUCUCUUUUACAUGUGAAUUAUUUUGUUUUCUUGAGGUUAAUUCAUUAAUAAUACCCCAAGUUUUUUUCACAUUACUCUCGUUUUCAUGAAAAGCAUUCAUAUAAUGGGCUUUCUUCGCAAAUUUAAUUUCAUUGUUCACAGAGUUGCGAGCUUUCUUAAAAGCAGCCCAAUCAUAAAUAUAUUUAGAUCGACUAGCCUUGAUUUUUAAAAUAUCUCUUUCAUGCAUAUGUCUUUUUAACUCAGGCGUGACCCAGGGCGACGUAGAAAGUCUUACCCACCUUGUCCGUAAAGGAGCAUGCAUUUCCACUACGUUAUUAAAGGUCGUUUUCCACACACGCCACAUAUCAUUCGGAUUAUUAUACGCCCUUAUAACGUCCCAAUUCUGUGAAAAAAUAUCACUUCGAAAACUUUCAGAGUUAAAAUUUUUAAAUUUUCGAUAAUUUACCGUAGAAUGACCUUUAUUGUGUAGACCGGUUGAAAGCUUAUGGAAUGCAUAUAUGAAGCUGUGAUCACUAAUACCGACAUGAGAAACACCAGAGCAAACAAUUUUAUCUGGUGUAUUGGUGAAUAUAUGAUCAAUCAUAAUUGAGGAAGUUUCAGUAAUUCGAGUCGGUUCACUUUCAAUUGAUGUAAACCAUAGAGCUCAGUGAUGCCUAUUAAUGAUCUCGAAUUACUCUCUAAAUCAGGCGACCCGAGAUCACAAUUUAGGUCACCCAAUAAAUAGUACUUAACAUUUUCAGCAUCAAGCAUGUCAAUAAAUGUCUCAAAAUAAUAAAAUUUAUCAACAUUCGAAUUUGGUGGCCUGUACCAUGUCGCAACGAGAAAUGGCUUAGAAUUUGGUUUUUGAAUUUGAAUACAUAGAUUUAAUAAAUCAUCAAUAGACAUGUCUCUACACUGUAUGAAAUUUAUGCUGGAGUGUACAUAAAAACAAACACCUCCAUACGUUUUUCCAUCUGCACUUCUAAAUGCCCUGUCACGACGUAUGAUUUUGUAUCCAGGUAUAUAUACAUUAUCGCUUAUUGUAGAAUUAAGCCAUGUCUCAUUUAUUGUUAGGACAACAAUCGGGCUAGUAGCAAGCAAAACUCGCAGCUCAUAAAUAUGAUUUACUAGGCUUCUCACAUUAAGUGCCGCGAGCUUAAACCCGCGCGAGGUAGGAAUAACGGACUGAGUAGGAUAAAGCCAAUCUGAAAUAGUUUUUGCAAGACCUAGUAAGUUUUGUUGUAAAGCUAAACUACCUUGUCUAUUUAAAUGAAGACCCCUCAUAUUUAAGUGACUUGGAUUCAUAUUUGAAUUACUUAAAAAGGGAAUUCUAUUGCGACUACAAUAGCUUUUAAGAAUAUUAUUAGUUUGAAUACUUUAGCAGCUAGGUCAUUAUUGUAAUUUCUUACCAGAAUAGCUGAAAUGCCAACGGCUGUACAUGGUGAAUCUUCUUUUAUUUGUGUUACAAUGUUGACAAUGGAGUCUGCUAUUAUUUUCGGCGUAGAAUUGUUCCGACGUGUAAGAUCAUCUUGUCCGGUGACCUUCUUGUCAAUGGCUUGACAAAAUCCUCCAUAUCUGAGACUGUUGCUCCAGGGAACUGCUUUACAAUAAAAUGGUGAUUAGGAUUGUCAGCACUCAGUUUCGGACCAAUAGUAUUUUUAACAAUUGAGUCCCCUGCAAUAACAACUGUUUUCUUGCCUUGCCCUGUUGAUUUAGAACUAGAGGUGUUCACAAUACCACCAGAAGUAUCUACAUCUGCAGUUUGUUGGCUGGAAUUUUGUGUUGGAGGUUUGGACUUAGAUUUCUUUCCCUUCUUUUUACGAUUUUUCCCAGUACUAGCUUCGGUGUUAACUCUUUUGCAUCACAACCCAGUCUCAUCGAUCUCGAGAGAUCGACGGCUUCGAAAUUUCAUACCUUCGGUUUAGUGCGUGCUAUGAAGACAGAAAUACCACCAUUCGAUUCAGAAAUAAAAGAUCAACUAGUUCCAAACGAUAGUUAUAGCCAUUAUUAACAUUGUAGCGAUUUAUCGGCCUUUGAAAGUCCAACACGAUCAUAUUGUAUCAAAUUACGCAAUUGUCUGAACAAAAAUAUAGACUAGCCAUACCUUUCGCCGAAAGUAACUUCGGCCCCUUCGAACAUAUCGUCUUUGUAAUAGGCUUGUUAGAAUUCCCAUUAAAACACUAUUUAGAGUGUUAUUUGCAAGCCUGUAUCUUCAAAUCUGUAUCUUUUAUCAAUAUAUUUCCAUUUCUUGUCCGACUGUGAGCUCGAAGUGAGUUAAUCCCAACCGGAAAUACGACUGAAAACCGUCAAAACAAUGCGACGCUUAUAUCGUAUGACCCUGGAAAGGCCAGAAAUGGAUUCGCAAGGUCAAAUUGCACCUACACGCGUGAGUUUGACGUCAUCCCGGCUACAGGAGCUUCUUAUUGGCCAAUUAUUGCGCAAUGUACUCAAGUGCGAGUAAAACCCGACAUCUUGAAAAAUUCAAAAUAAAUAUUUCUAGUCGGCGUAUACAUACAAAACUUUCUACACGAAAGCGCUUGAAUACAAAGAGUAUUUUACACAUAUAGCCGUUCAGCAAAUGUCGAAAAGUUCAAGGGGUAUUCAAGAUGUUGUGUAUAUGAAAUUUAGAAUCUUUGGCCAAGCGGUGAGUAAAUAUAUGAUUGUUUUGGUUUGUGUAAUGUUCAGACGGCACUUGACCCCCCGUUCGAAAGGUUAUUUGGUGAGGAUUUCAAUGGUGGGUUUUAUUUAAAAGGGGGGUCAAUACUCGCCGAGAUAUUUAUACUAGAACGAUUGGGUCGUAAUAUGAUGCGAAUGCGUGUGACCGAAAAGAGUCAAGAUGCUUAUCGUUUGCGGGCUGAUUAGAUGAAGGUUUUGGUUGAGUGCUUCACUUCCCUCUAUUGUUUCGCAAACCAAUUCCACAUUAUUCUCGCCGUCAUUUUCCACAAUUGUUUUCGUGCACGUUUGUUGGCAGUCAUUUUGUAUUAAUUUAAGAGCUGUCAACAGGCUGCUCUUUUCGCUUUCCAGAUUCUUGUUUGCCAUUUUCAAAUCAGAUAUAAUGUAAGACAUAUCCAUGUUUUGUUCCCUGAGUUCGUCGUUCUUUCUAAUUAGCACAAGCUUAUCUUCCUUUAGAUCAUUGACUACGUUUUCUAAGACCAAAAUAGAGUAGGGUUUGUUCUCUUUAAUGUUGUUUAUCUUGACGCUGAGAUUUUGUAAUUUGUUUGUCACGUUUUUAGAAAAUCUGUCAAGUUUCGAAUUCAGUCGACUAAUCUCAGCGGAGUCGCGAUUACAGCUGGCACUACUUCCCAAGGGAUUAUGCCUAUUUGUUGAUUUUGUUUACAGAUUGCCAGACUUUGUCACCGAAUAUAGACCGAUGGACUCUUCAUGUAAAUUUUUUGACUUCAUGUUCAAUUCAUCGUGCUUUGUACUGGUUUCGGAAUCUAUACUGGCUUGUUUUUCAUCUUGGUUUUUCAAUUCCUUUGCAAUAUCACAUUGAUCACUGAACGAUUCUUCAAAAGUAUCAUCUCUGACAUCGUCAGCUAGCAAACUUUCAAUCGACCGUCCUAGAUCAAGAUCAGCAGGAUUAUCGAUUUCCGAAGCAUUGUCCAGGUCUUGCUUUAAAAAUGAAUGUAUUUGUUACAUCAAGUCACUGCCCUUCUCACCGUCGAAAUGAAUAUUCUGGCUUUUUGUUAGCCAAGUAACUGAUAACAACUUGCUGUCAAAUAGCCAUUUACCGCCACUGGGCGAGCGCCAUUUAGUUGUUUCGGCAGUUUCUUCGUCAAUCUCUGUGAGGACAAACGCUUUCAGAGUUUCGAACGAUCCAGUCCAAAUCAGCUUGCUCCUUUUAAUAUUAAAAUAACUGUACAAGAUGUUCGAAACGGUUGAGGAAGCCCCCAUCAUAUUCAUGUUUCAAGGUCUAUCCAGAGCACAAGAAUACACGUCUGCUCACUAUGACUGUCUGGAUUUGAUUGCACAAUAGUUAUGGAUUUUUUAAUUUCCUCAUUCAUUACUAUUUCAAUUUCACUAACUGAUUUGCCCGAGUAAAACACAUUUGUGUCAUGAGCAAAUAUUUGGAAGCAUAGCUUUUUUGAACAGUUGGGCAUAUCAUUUAUAUACAGCUGUAAAGGAUCGGACUUUGAAAGCGGCUGAGUUUACUGAACCGUCCCGAUAAACUCGGCGAAACAAACCAACAACAAUGCAUAGACCUUUCGUGGUCUAUGUCACAAACGCAUAGACUCUUCGUGGUCUAUAGUCUUCCUGUAUGUUAAACGUAUAUUUAUCCAGGACAGUACGUAAAAACUAAAAUAACAAUAAUUACAAGUCAUCAAUCUAUCUACUUCGCUAUACAUUACAAUUAUAAAUUACUACAGUAUAUUAUUAUAUAAACGUACCUCUGUCCCCGCAGAUCCCCUUUUAUGAACUCUUUGUUAAUAACUCUCGUUUAUAUCACCGUUCGAUCUCGGUGCGCUCUAACUAUAACUACACAAUUCAAAAUUCUACCUACUAAUCUUUUUUGGGUUAAUUAUUUAUUCAUGCAUAUCUUAUCAUAAACUAUUUAGAAUAAUUAAACUAAUUAGAAGUCAAUUCUUAACAUGGCUCCUCUAAAUUGUAUAGCAAUUUAACUAUUUAAAAUUAAAACUUAUCGUUUAUUGACGUCAACAGUUUACCACUCGUCAUUAUGAUCCUGGCUUUACACAUGGCUCCUUGUCGGGGACUCCCCGGUCUUCAUACUCAUCUCUGGACAGGAGGAGAACCAAUUUCUGAACAGGUCGAUCUAAAUAGGAAAUAGGUCGUUUUCGUCUUCCUUGGUCAUCUAAAGUACUGUCAGCUAAGGCGAUUUUGACCUUUUGAACGAGUCCGUCAUUCUCGGGAUAUGUCUCAAUAUCCUUGACAUAUCAAUAUGGGAUAUAUCCUUGACAAUGACCACAUCUCCAAUCUUAAGAUUCUUUCGGGGACGCAUCCAUUUUUGCCGUACUUGUAAGGAUUGAAUAAAUUAGUUUCUCCAACGGUACCAAAACUUGUUAACCAGAUACUGAACCCGACGCCAUCUUUUUCUCGAAUAAGUGUUGGCACCCUGAAAGUUUCCAGGAGGAGGUAGAAUGACUUUGCUCUUCAUUGUCAGUAAGUGGUUGGGGGUUAGAGGUUCAAGGUGGUCUGGAUUUUCAGUGGUAAGUGGUCGGCUGUUUACAAUCGCUUCGGCUUCCACCAUAAAGGUUUGCAAUGACUCGUCGUCCACAAUGGUUCCAUGGUUGUCCAGUAAAACUGUCAAAACGUUUCGUAUUUGACGCUCCCAGACACCACCCAUGUGACUCGCAUGUGGUACAUUCAUUCAGAAUUCAAUCCAGUCACAAUUUUCUUCCAAUAAUUUCAGUUUUAUAGCCUCCUGAUUCAUUUCGGUUAGUGCUUCUUUCAGUUCAUUCUUGCAGCCAACAAAGUUAGUACCUCAAUCUGAUCUCAGGUGCCGCACUGGACCCCGACGUCCAAUAAACCGACGAUAGGCGUUUAAAAAGGAACUAGUAUCCAGACUGUUGGCUGUCUCUAAAUGAAUGGCUCGUGAUGCUAAACAAGUGAAUAAGACUCCAUAUCUCUUAACUUGUCGGCAUCCUUCUUUAAUUAGCCAAGGUCCAAAAUAGUCGACCAUGCUGUAAGCGAAGGGUGGAGCAGGAUCCAGACGAUCUGCUGGCAGAUCUGCCAUUUCUGUUCCUGCAAUGAACCACAAAGUUUUCUGCAUUUUAUGCACUUUGAAAUGUGACUGGCGACGGCUGAUCGUCCACCGAUGAUCCAGAAUCCGGACUAUCUGAUGUUGUUAUGCGUCAUUCCGCGUCCUUGGUGUGCAACCUUCUGAUGAUGGUGACAGAUAACUAACUCGGUCACAUGGCCUUUUCUUGGAAGGAUACAUGGGUGCUUAACGUUCUCAGGAAUACUUGCACGUCUGAAUCGGCCACCCACACGCAGAAUACCAUCCUUACCAAGGAACGGAUCUAGUUGAUAAAUUGAAUUCGAUUUUUUCACAGUUUUUCUGACUUGGUUUCGAAGUGGGUGAUCUGUGGGUGAUCUGAAUGAUUUGUCCUGAUGAUUUCGCUUUCAGCAUCCUGGAGUUCAUCAACGUUUACUGGCUUGUAGGACAACUUUUCUUGCCUGGUAGCCUUGAUGCCUUUUAUUCACUAGUUGUUUCAAAUCUUUACUAAUGGGAUUUGUUUGUCCGUCAUGUUCGAUUUCUUUCCGCUCCGGCUUGUUACCAUCGGAGGCUGAUGAACUGUUCCGACGCAGCUGAUUUGUAAGGCUCUUUCUAAGACCUUAACGAAAUAGCUCUCUUGGCUUGAUACCAACUAGAAAACGACGCAAACGUUCUUCAACGUCUGCUAGUUCCUUGACCUCAGUGACAAGUGAGGAAGUCUUUUUCACUUCAGGUCAUCUGGAGAAACAGCAACUGUGUUCUCGAUUACACCUCUCUUUGUGUCAAAGUUGGUCCAAAGAAAAUCGGGUCCAUGCCACCACUCUUUCUUGUCAAUUAAGUCUUGGGCAUAAAGACCACGGGAAGCAUAAUCAGCUGGAUUUUCAUUCGACUCUACAUAUCUCCAUUGAGCAAGUGAAGUGAGGUCACGAAUCUGUUCAAUUCUGUUUGCGACGAAACGACGCGCACUGUUCAAAAUGUACCCAAGUACGACUUUACUAUCGGACCAAAAGAACUCAUUGACUUGCUCAUACUCUAACUCCCUUUUCAAUAACACCCGACUUUUGCCGUCACCAACGCAGCAGUAAGCUCUAAACGAGGAAUUGUUACAAGCUUCAACAGUGCCACUCGAGAUUUCGCCAAUACCAACAAAUAAUGAAUCCGACCCAGAUGAUCAACAAGCCUCAAAUAGGAACACUGUCCGUAACCAAUUUCACUUGUGUCCAAGAAGUUAUGCAUUUCCACUACUUUGAUUUCUCCAAAGUCGACUGGUACAUAGCAACAAGGGAUAUUUAGUUUUGCUAAGAGUACUACGUCAUUUCUCCAUCUUUCCCAUCUCGACAACAGAUAAUCUGGAAUCUUGUCAUCCCAAUUCGCUCCAUCUCUACAUAACUGAUGAAGGAUUCUCUUUCCAAUUAGCACAAAUGGAGCAAGGGGAACACAGAACUCACUGUUGAUAAGAUGCCUCUUCUUGUAAGUGGUUGGUCAGCCAAUUCAAUCCGAAAUUUAAGAGUAUCAGAUUCCACGCACCAUUGGACUCCCAGGGUUCUCUCAAUUGGAAGGGCAUCACAAGUUGGAUCCAGGUCUUGAAUGCCUUUCGCGCGUUCUUCGGGGGGAAUUGCUUCAAUGACUUCCUCAUAAGCUGCCUAAAAUAGGCAAUUGCUUUGCGCAAAUUUGUCAAAACACGCGUGCUAUCGUGUUAAUGUGUUUACCUCGAUACCAGUUUCCUGAUAAACGCGCGCCAUUGCUUAACUAAAUAACACAGGUUUUUUUCGCUUAAAAUCAAGAGUUUAAAUAGUACCAAUGUCGAAGAAAAAACGCAUCGGAGGUCUCUUCGAUAUUGACAAUGCAAGGAAGAGAGUGAGCGAAGAAAAUGAUUGUGUGAAGCGAGUUAAAGACCAAAUCGAAGCGCUUCAACAAUUUGAUCUCGCCGACAUGCUGUUGUCAAAAGGUCUAAAUUUAACGGAGUCGGAAACGCUUCAACUUCUUUCUGCCAAGAUGACCUUUCAAGGUGUAUGUAUUCUUAGGAAAGCUAUCAAACAUAUUCCAUCAAAUGUGAAGAGAAUGACGGCGGGUCAGUCCUUACGAGCAAAUUUGAUAUGGGAUAUGUUUAAUGCAUUAUGCCUCUCCACCAACUGCCAGCCUUUACUAAAGCCUUCUGUUGAUCAGCUUUCGAGCUAUACACUAAUUUUGGAACGCUGGUGUUCGUCUUUCCUUGCCCUCGAAGAUUUGACGAAGCAUGUAAGUGAAACAUAUAUUUCACCGCCGCUUUCCUCGUGCAUUAGAUGCGACAAACUCCUCACGAUGCAUAACCUCCCGUCAAAGGCAACUUUGUAUACCCUGGAUGGCCCUGUUCUUUGCGCGAAGGUCUCUCUUGAGUGCAAGAAUUGCCUUAUUCGUUUUGGAGUGUGCAAUUACAGCGACGAAAUUGGGACACAUCUGUAUCCAGCAGACGUAGAGAACCACAAUCGUUUGGUAGAAGUGAGCAAUGUUACAUACUUCGACAUCGCCUUGUACCGCUGGAUUCCAUCAUUGAGGUAAUUUCAAAUUCUAAAGUUUACUUUGUAAAAUCCAAAAUGUAUCCACUAUAUAGUUUAUAAUAUGAAUGAUUUAAUACUGAGGGAUUUAACUUUUGUUUUUAGCAACCACAGUUGGGUGUCGUUUAGCGGCUUCUCUGAGGCUUACAAUGAAAUUUUUCAACAGCAGAUAGACUCUUUUGCUUUCCGCUUAGAAGGUAUGUUGUAUUAUUAAUCUCGAUUCUGCAUUACUGCUAAUUUAUUUUACAAAUAAUAGCACAAACCUUAAUCCGAUCGCUUUCCACCUACAGCAAAGUUUAUAUUUAAUAUCCAAUCAAAAUGUCGCAGGAAUAUGAUUUUUUCUGUCUUGGUGUUGUGUACUCAGGUGAAUAUGAUAUUUGUGAUGUUACUCUGAGUGUAUAUUGCUAAUUUAUUUUACAAAUAAUAUUAAAAAUUUAAAUUUCAUACGACAACAAUCUAUUAAUUAAAGUAUAAUAAUAAUGUAACAACAACAAUAGUAUAUGAUUUAUUCUGUGCAUGUUGGUGUUGUGUACUCAGGUGAAUAUGAUAUUUAUGAUGUUACUCUGAGUGUAUAUUGCUAAUUUAUUUUACAAAUAAUAUUCAAAUUUAAAUUUCAUAGGACAACAAUCUAUUAAUUAAAGUAUAAUAGUAAUGUAACAACAACAAUAGUAUAUGAUUUAUUCUGUGUGUUGGUGUUGUGUACUCAGGUGAAUAUGAUAUUUAUGAUGUACUCUGAGUGUAUAUUGCUAAUUUAUUUUACAAAUAAUAUUCAAAUUUAAAUUUCAUACGACAACAAUCUAUUAAUUAAAGUAUAAUAAUAAUGUAACAACAACAAUAGUAUAUGAUUUAUUCUGUGCAUGUUGGUGUUGUGUACUCAGGUGAGUAUGAUAUUUAUGAUGUACUCUGAGUGUAUAUUGCUAAUUUAUUUUACAAAUAAUAUUCAAAUUUAAAUUUCAUACCACAACAAUCUAUUAAUUAAAGUAUAAUAAUAAUGUAACAACAACAAUAGUAUAUGAUUUAUUCUGUGCAUGUUGGUGUUGUGUACUCAGGUGAUAAUAUUCAAAUUUAAAUUUCAUACCACAACAAUCUAUUAAUUAAAGUAUAAUAAUAAUGUAACAACAACAAUAGUAAUAUGAUAUUUAUGAUGUUACUCUGAGUGUAUAUUGCUAAUUUAUUUUACAAAUAAUAUUCAAAUUUAAAUUUCAUACGACAACAAUCUAUUAAUUAAAGUAUAAUAGUAAUGUAACAACAACAAUAGUAUAUGAUUUAUUCUGUGUUGGUGUUGUGUACUCAGGUGAAUAUGAUAUUUAUGAUGUUACUCUGAGUGUAUAUUGCUAAUUUAUUUUACAAAUAAUAUUCAAAUUUAAAUUUCAUACGACAACAAUCUAUUAAUUAAAGUAUAAUAGUAAUGUAACAACAACAAUAGUGAUGUACUCUGAGUGUAUAUUGCUAAUUUAUUUUACAAAUAAUAUUCAAAUUUAAAUUUAACAUACGAUUUAUUCUGUGUUGGUGUUGUGUACUCAGGUGAAUAUGAUAUUUAUGAUGUUACUCUGAGUGUAUAUUGCUAAUUUAUUUUACAAAUAAUAUUCAAAUUUAAAUUUCAUAGGACGAUUUAUUCUGUGUUGGUGUUGUGUACUCAGGUGAUUCAAAUUUAAAUUUCAUAGGACAACAAUCUAUUAAUUAAAGUAUAAUAAUAAUGUAACAACAACAAUAGUUAUAUGAUAUUUAUGAUGUUACUCUGAGUGUAUAUUGCUAAUUUAUUUUACAAAUAAUAUUCAAAUUUAAAUUUCAUACGACAACAAUCUAUUAAUUAAAGUAUAAUAAUAAUGUAACAACAACAAUAGUAUAUGAUAUUUAUGAUGUUACUCUGAGUGUAUAUUGCUAAUUUAUUUUACAAAUAAUAUUCAAAUUUAAAUUUCAUACGACAACAAUCUAUUAAUUAAAGUAUAAUAGUAAUGUAACAACAACAAUAGUAUAUGAUUUAUUCUGUGUUGGUGUUGUGUACUCAGGUGAAUAUGAUAUUUAUGAUGUUACUCUGAGUGUAUAUUGCUAAUUUAUUUUACAAAUAAUAUUCAAAUUAUAUUCCAAAGGUCGUAGGUUCGAUUCCCACCAUGGCCGGGCAUAUUUUUCAAGCUCGCCCGUUGUGGAUAUACACUCAGAGUAACAUCACAAAUAACAACAAUAGUAUAAUCUAAUUAGCACCAACCAAUCAAAUACAGAUUAAAAAAUCUUUUGUCUCCUAGACCAAUCAGAUUUACAACCGAAAUACGGUUGUACGGCAUAGUUUUUUAAUUAAUAAGGUUUGUAUCAUGGCUAUAUAUUUAUAGGCCUGAGCGCAGGCACAAAAUAAGCGUUAUUUGUUAUUUUUUUGCAUAAGCGUUAUUCGUCAUGAUUCGUCACUCGGCAAGUACCGUAAACAGAAGCAUUCACCCCCUGGACAUCCGCCAUUUUUCAUAUUUCCAGAGGGGGGGGGGGCUGCUUCUGUUUACGGUACUUGCCUAGUGACAAAUCAUGACAAAUAACGAUUACGCAAAAACAAUGGUGAUGGACUUCUGUAUGGUAUUCUGUGUCGCAGGUUACAUUACUGCUUGUUUGACAACCUCGUAACUAUGGUCUUUCCUCUUGGCGAGGGGAGAAAAGACUGACCAAAACUGUAUUAGAAUUAACAAAGUGCAGAGGGCACAACCCACAUGCCAAACAGCAAUCAUGAGAAUUGCAUUGUUUGUUCAAACAUUAAGAAUUUUGCCAGCUACAUAAAUUAGGGUUGCUGCCUCGCUGAAUGCUCGCUCACUACGAAAGCAAUUAUUAAAAAGAGUGAACAAAGUUGUGUUUGCUAAUUUUAUAUAAUUAGGCUCUGUCGAUUUGAAAAAAACAGCUGAAGACACAGAAGACGCUGAGUGCAAUGUUGGUAUGUUACAAUGGCAUAUACUGUAAUAUAAUUUGGGUAACAAUAUUUGGAUUUAAUAGGAAUAUUUAUUACAGUAAAAGAUCUGCCAGUGGAUUUCAUCUGCAUUUAUUAAUUUAAAAAAGUUUACUAGAUUAUUUUUAUACCAUUAUUGCAUCUUGAUGACCCAUGCAAUACUGUUUUGUGAUCCAAUGCUCUAAAGUGUCGAUUACAUAGAGCAUUUUCAACCUCUGGGUUGAACUCAGCCCUGUUUACUGGGUUGAAAUGUCAGCCCUGUAUGUAAUACAAAACUCUAUCAAAAUCAAAGUCCAUGUGUUGUGACCUGAUAUCGUUCACUUUCAUUAAGCAGAUCUGAAAUAUUUUUACGGGAACUAACACUUUCGAACACGCUGAGUUCAAAUCCGAAAAGUUCCCAUUCCGUAGACCCGCAGUUUUUUCACAAAAUGCUAUUUUAUCUUCACUAAUUUUGCAACAAUUUUUUUCAUUGUUCAACGAUACGGAUCGAUGACGACACACGAUUAUGUCACUCAAAAGGACCAUAUGCUCUGUAAACUUACCACGAAGUGGAGAAAUGUGUGCAUGAGCGGUUUAUUUGAUGAUUUUGACGUAUAUAGAAGCCCUCUUUCCAAUAAUAUUCGCUUAUCGCACAGUAUAACACCAACUGAUGUAAUAGUUCAAAUGCAAUGAUAAGUUAUCUCUUGAAUUACGUGUUGGAAAUUUCAAUGCUGAUCCAUCACAUAUAGAUUACCGUUUUAUAUCUUUGUAUAAACCAUUUUGAUCGCAUGUAAGGAAUUAUUUCUCAGCCCAGAGACAUAGCCCAAAAACUUGACAUUAACGUCCUUGCGAUUUUAUAGAGAUAGAUCCAGAACUAAGGAUAUUAGAAGGAAUUAUCUGUACCUUCUCAAAGUUGUAGACAAGAUAUGUUGUUUACGUCCAACACGCAUAAGAUUGCAUAACUCAAAAUGAUUCGAGCAAAACCAGUUUGUUUUUUUAUGAUGACAUUUAUCAAGCCAUUGUGGAUCCUGCCUACUUUCCAGACAAUUUCAAUUAAAAAACACUUUUUUUAACAAAUUUAAACUCUUUUCAACUCUUAAAAGUAUAGAUAAAGUUAGGACAUCUAUCCAAUGUCAUUUGUAUCUAGUUUUUUGAAGAAAUUAUGUAAUUGCUUAAAUAUUCAAACAUCAAUUGGAGGGUUAUAAUAUUUAUUUAUACUCUAGGCGUUUUGCCUGGUGAAAUGUCAGCGAAAGUUGUUGCCAAGUGCUUUUGGCAUCAUGAGGUGGAAGAGGAGCUGAGAGAACGUGGUUUAAGGGAGGAGUGGGUUUUUACAAGUAACCAGAAUGGUGAAAACACUGGAACCCAUGAUGAUGUAAUGGAAUUUGUGGACAGAAAACGUUGUGAGGAACUGUAUCAUCAUGUAUGUUCUCCUAACUGCAAGGAAAAGGGUAAGAAUGUCUGAUGCAUAGACUUACUAAUUAUAAAAUGAGUUGUCAGGUUGGGUCCUCUCAUGACAACCAUGAAUGUUUGUUAUUUGGACAUCUUGAAUGUUUGUUAUUUGGACAUCUUAUAAAUUUAAUGUCUAAUCUACAUGUGUAUUGAUUAUUCUAAGUCAACCAGAACACUGCCAGAUGUUAGCUUAAAGUACAAUGAAUUUAAUAGCAUAUCGUAUGUAGUUUGCAUAAUUUAGAUUGUGCCAAUUAAAACUGGAUAUGCCAAUUAAAACUGGCACACUCAGGGACCACCUUAAAUGGAACAGAUAAAUGUUAACCUUGCCUGAGCCUCAUUUUAAAGAUUAUUUCCACUCAGGAUAUUGCUUUGUUGGUCAAAAUUAAAGGUUUACUGUUGUUUAUCGAAUAUUUAUAAAGAAUUAUAUUUAUUUGCCCAUAGCAGUGAGUGUGAGAAAAAACUGGAAAUUCAUUCCAAUUGAGGUGGUCAUAUUAAAUAAGUCUGUUUCUUUACCACCAUCAUUAUGAACAUGUGUCUAUAUAGUGUGUUUAAAAUAUAAACAAACUUAACUGAUUAUUCUCCCAUAUGUAUUUUGAUUUUGUGUAGGGUGUGGGAAACUCUACGUUGCAGAUGGAAACUGGAAACUAAGAUAUGCACAUUGCAUGUGGAAAGUUCCAGUUUCUGUACCAGAUUUUGGGAAUGUCAACUAUCCUAACAUUUGUCCACUUUCACCUAAACGAGGCCAUGCUUUUUGUGACGUCCAUUGUGACAAGGCAAAAUCCAUGGGGUAUGGAACAGAGUUAAAGAAGUUGUACGACAGUUGUGGAGUUGCUGGUGUAGAUAUUGGAGAAGGUAUAUAAUUAUCACUGCAAACCAUAAAAAUUAAGUGCAUUUCCAACAUUAAUUUAAGACCCCCGCCUUAGGAUAGUUUUACUGAAGUACAUUUCUUAUUCAUUUCUUAUUCAUUUCAGAUAUGAAAAACAUAAUAUUCUAACACAUUUAAUUCCCAGCUAUUGAGUAUUGGGUAAAAAUGGUUUGCAAAUUUAACACAUUUAAAGCUGGAAAAUAAUGUACCUAAAGUACACCAAAUAAACUACAGUAGGUGUGGAGUGGCUUACUUUUAACAAUGUUGUAUUGUACACAGUCAAAGAUAACUUGUCAAGGGGAAAGUAAUGCACACAAAUGGGUUGAAUAAGCAUUACUAAUUUGCUAUUGAGUAUUAGCAAUCCUAGUAAUUGUGUUCUAUUUUCUUACGUAAAUUUUGUUUGCUUUUAUCCUUUUUAGCAUUGGAUGAAAUGUCAAAACAGCCAUUGCCAUUGUUGUCUGGUAAGAAAAAUCUUUAUUUUACUAUUCGAGAAAUGCAGACAGAGUGGUACUAAAAUCUAUUCAGUAACAUUCUUUUGUAUCAUAUUUAAAAUUAGGCAUCUGGGAACAAUAGUAUCAAUGUCACAUUGUAUUGGGAUUAGCCUGCAUGCAGUUUACAAGUUCCUGAUAUUUUAAUAAUACAUUCGACAAUGACACAAACUUGUAGUCUGUAGCUUGUGUUAAAAUACACAGGGAUAGAAUUUGAAGUGUACAAUUUUAUGUUACGAUAUCAUGUCUCUUCUAGGCGCACUCUUAUAACCACAAUUUAUAAUAGAAAAUGUUGAUACUGUAAUAUUAAUUGUUGAUCUUCUAUAAUAUUCGGAUACAAGGGCAUAUGCACCUUUAUCUGCAGUGCACUUAGAUGCAGGUUACUAAAGUAGUGGUUAUUACCAUCAAAUAUUUUGGGGGUUUUAGCCAAUUAAAAUAAAAUAGUUUUUUAACCUAUAAAUGGUUUUUGCAAUAAAAUACUGCACUAUUCAGAGUAACAUAAUAUAUAUAUAUAUAUAUACUAUAUAUAUUGUACAGAUUCAUCACUUGAAGUUAUGGAAGAAUUAGAUUUAUCUACCCAUUCCAGAAACAUGCCAAAUGCUUCGACCUAUCAAGGUAAGUAACGUUUACCCAAUUUUAGAGCACCAAUUGUUAUCUUUGUUACACUUAAUUAAUUGUUUGUAGAGUUUGAUUACUGGCCACACCUACAGUAAGCCACAGUCAGUGAAACUGCAAGGUUAUAAUGAUUGGUUAUUUAUAUUUGCAUGUACUACCAAUUUUCUGCAAAAAAAUCCUACAUUUAUGGAAGAUAGUGUUGUAGAAAUGGAUCUUAAAUGUAAUAAAGACACAGGUGGAUUUAAGGCCUUACAUUUUUGGUCAAGGGGAAUGUUUUUCAUAGUUAGUGCUGGAGGUCAUAUAGAAUACUGGCAGCCACUUUAUAAGUAAGUUUGUCUGCGGUUUUCCAACACAAAGAAAGCUGGCAGGUUGUGUUAGUUGUGUCUGUAAUAUUACAAAUAUACCAACUUCGCCGUAAGGAUGUGAGGGUUUGGUUCAUGCAUGCAUGUUAAGGGUUUGGGUAAGGCACUAAGGCUUCCAAAGUUUGUUCCUAAUACUAACCCUAAUAAUUACCCCAAUGUUAAUUAAUAAUACGGUGAAGUUGGUUAGUUGGUAUGUUACAGACACUGGGUUGGGAAAGGAUAAACAUUGUUAGGUAAUGUCAUAGAAUAGUCUGUGAUCACAUAUAAGGCGUAAUACUCGAUGACAUCCACAUGUCAAUUUCCGCUAUAGAAAUCAUAACUUCUACCUUAACUCAUUGCCAUUGGGCCCAAAUGUUCCCUUUAGAGCUGUGCAGAUCCAGAAAGUUCAUCUCGGCUCUCAGGUUUCGGUUUUUUGGGGGUGAAACAACCUCUAUUCCGUUUCGGUACUUUCAAAAAUGAAAACAAAAACACUUGAAAGUUGAAAUCUUAAAGGUUUCAAUAUUAAAGUCAAAUAUAUUAGAUUCACAGAACUAUUGUCUCAUUUGGGGAUUACGAUUUUUAUCACAAUUGGUGAACUGAUAUUAAAAAGAUAUAUUUCAAUGUUUCGAAGACCAAGAUGCAAAAUUCCUUUCAAAAAUCCUUAAAGUUGGGGAAAUGUGGAAAACCGGUUAAGUUUAAAACUGGUUAAGAAAUGUGGAAGUACCGAUUCUUUUUCACGUGCUUGGUGCUGACUUUUGGUGCCAAAAAAGAACCAUCCGACGGAAUUUUUCAGGUUAACCGCACAGUUCAAGUUUCCUUUCUUGUAUUUUACUCUUAUCGCAAUGCAAUACUUAUACUUAUAUCUAUUAACAGUAGCGUUAUAUAUCAGUUAAAAUGAUAAUUACAGUACAUUAACGGAAAUUGUACUCUUCCCAGGUCAGAGUCCCCAACUCAAGCUUUCUUAAUAACUGUCCUGUGGCUCUACCGGAAGUUCAAAACACUCGAAGAAUUGGGACAUAGUCAAGAAACCAUCAUCAACGAAAUGACGUCGACAGUGCUGGCCUAUGACAACAUGUGCCACAUGGAUAACUUGAUUAUCUCCCGAAGUCAUCUACCAUUCCCUUACCCAUUCAACGAAAUGUGGCAACGGAUUGGUAAAGUAAUUGAUCGGUUGCAUCUUCGAAAUCAUGUAGAUGAGAAAUGUCACAAUAUAUACAACCCAGAUGACAAAAUUCCCAAAGAGUUUAACACAAUGGCAUGUGAACAGACAUUCGUAUGGGCUAGCAGAUUCAAAAAAGUUAUGUGUGCUAUGCCGCAUAUACACCAGUUUUUCUUCCUGCAUAGAAUGGUAAAAUACAGGAAUACAUAUACAGAAAAAUGCCACGUUAGAAGUAAAGUUCCUAUUCUACCAAAAAAGAUUAAGAUUUAG